AUGCCCAUCCUAAGAAAUAGCUUGCUGUCUUCAAAUGAUAGCAUCAAGAGUGAUAUUUCAAAUCUCCACGAAAUGACUUUUUCCGAUGAAAUUGCGCCUGCUGAAAAAAGUUCAACGAGUCUGACUGAGAAGACUGGCUAUCAAGACUCAAUAUACCGAAAUGCAGCCAACAUCUUUCAAGGUAUUCGUAAGGAAAAGCCUCAAGAUAAGAUACUGGUAAAGUAUGGGAAUGGACCCCUCCCACUGGCAAUAGAUUUCAAAGAUGAGCGAUGCCAGCGUUUGUCCUAUGAACUGGCUUUCAGUGCUCUAAAAUAUCAAGAUGUUCUUGAAAAUAUAUUGAUUGACAGUGGCACCUAUCCAGUGCAGUCAAUGCCUGAUGAAUUGACAAGUCUAGUGGUUGUGAUGUUAUAUGAUCUUCAAGAUCGGAAAUUUGAAGCCCGCCAGAAUAUUGAUGAUGAUGAAGACUCAAUAACCGAGGUCCAACAAGUUGAGUGUUACCUGUACAGUUUUAAAACCAAGCUGGCGGCAGCAUUAGCAAGGUGUCGAAUCAAGCAUGAUGCCCUUUCCAUAGAAUGCAUUCUGCCGGAAACUAUACGGAAGCAAGAGCAGAGGGCCUCUGCAUUGCCCUUGUUUGCCUGGGUGAAUACACGGAAAGUAAGCCUAGAAGAAGUUCACACUACUUUACAGAAGGAAGGAUUCACAAGAGUGGAGUCUUUGUCAAAAUUCGAUGGCUGUACAUAUUGCCUAGAUGUGCACUGUGAAGAUUUGCUCAUCUUCCCUUCUACUGUUAAGGAACGGCUGCUUACUUUGGACCUCUUCGCUCAUUAUAAGCUCUUACUACAGGAUAAGUCCCGGAGCCUUGCUGUGCAUUCUGUGAAGUCUUUAUUGAAUAUGGAUGAUGAUAUCUUAAUAGCGCACGCCGGUUCAGGCCUCACUGUAGCCCACAUGUCAGUACUAACAAAUCAAGAGACUUCCAAAAUAUUUGUAUGUGGAGUCAAGUCAGUGACAAAAGAAGCGGAGCUCAAGAAUUUGUUCGCACAGAUGGAAUGUAAAAAUAUUUUACUAUUGCAAGAGGAUUUUACAAGCAUUGAACCAACUGAUCAUAAACUGCAGAAAGUUAAAGUUAUUUUACUACUGCCUCGUUGUUCAGGCCUGGGUGUUAGCAAUCCAGUGGAAUUUAUUCUAAACGAACAUGAAGAUGCUGACUUGCUUAGAGACUUCUCCCAAGGGUCUGUAGCAGAAGAGAAACUCAAUGUUCUUGCUCAACAGCAGCUUAAAGAAUUAACGCGUGCAAUGCAGUUUAGUAAAGUGCAAGCGCUUGUCUACUGCACCUGUUCCGUUUACCCAGAAGAAAACGAAGCUGUCGUGAAUAAGGCGCUCACAUCUGGAGCAGAAGGAGCGAAGGCCCCACAGUACAAGCUUUGCCCACCUGUCCUUCCUUUAUGCUGCAAAUCAGAAAUAAAUACCUCUGCUGAGAAUUUUUUCAAACUGGAACUGUCAGAUAUUUCCAACAGCUGUUUUAUAGCCAUUCUGUCCCGAGAGAGAGAUCCAUCUGAAACUGUGUCAGUAAAAGAUGUUUUAGCUCGUGCCGCAGCAAAAGGGUUAUUGGAAGGCAUUGAUUUAGGAAAACCAUCUAAAAGAGAGGAGAAGAAGAAAAAGAAACAAAAAGUAGCUCCGACAAAAGCUGCGACUAAAGAAGCAGCAAUACAGUCCAGAAUUCAGGAGUUCCUGGAGCGAGAAAUGAAACCCAACAAGAUUGACUCAGAUUCCUCCGUAUCGAACGAGAUUGGCAGCACCACUCAGAAAACCAUAAACCAGACAAAUGAUCCCACGCAAGUGAAGAAAAUGGCCAAGCCGCUCUCAAACUCAUCUUUACCUGUGAUGUUGAAGAACACGCCCACCUCCUCAUCCACACAGAAAGUGUUUGAAAGGCAACGAACUAUUAGGAAACCAAAGUCCGACGAGAAAAUGAUGGUCUUGAAGCCUGUUGAGAUCGUCCUGCCUCCGGUAAUGAUGCCAUACUUCAACCCACAAGGGAACAGAGCUCAGAUUUCAUCUAACCACUAUUAUUAUCACUGGGUUGGCACAAAAAGUGGAAUAUAUGGCUCGCUUAGCCCUUCUUCUUCCAAAAAACUGAUCAAGUCAAAAGACCCCUCAUCAUCUACAGUCAAGCAUGCUCGUCAGUGGCUUUGAAGACUGCCUUUUGCAACAGCUGCUUAUUUAUCGUAAUUCUUGCAGAAUUUGAAGCUUGUAUUCUUCUAGUGGGUUUUUCAUUUU